GGCACGUUGUGCGACGCUCUCACUCACAUUUGGUGGAAAAAGGCUGAUUUUCUUGGCACUCCUUCGAUCAAGCUUGACUAUGCUUGUAAGACUCAUGGGUACCUCAAGAUUCCUUGCUGCUCUAGGGCUCCUGGUUGCCGUAGUGACAGCUCAGCUACCAUUUGCGACAAUUCCAACCAUUUCCGACGAAGUAAAGGCGAAUGCAUUUACUGGAGAAGCCGCGUCGUUCCUCAGACUAUGGGAAUACGCGCUCAAAACUGACGGUCAAGGCCCGGGCCCUGUCAACAGAAUCAAUUUCGAGGCGAAGACCAUUCUGGCGCCAGAAACACAGAUUCUGGCCGGGUUGGUUCACCAGGACGCGGCCCAUCCUCUCUAUGGUAACACCACGAGCCUAACCAACCUUCGACGUGAGUUCCUACUCGACCACCUCGUUCUCGAGCCGCUGGAACCGACAGAUUCCCGUCUAGAUGAGGCUGGAGGCGUCGCUAUCACCACCUUUUCUGGCAAGAUUGUCAACGUUACUAAGGACCAAGGCGGUAAUCUGUUUGUGAACGGGGUUCCCGUUGAGAGUGCCAGCAGCCUGAAAGACGGCACUCAGGUCUACAUCCUGAAGAAGACCCUCUUCAACAACGAUAAGAAGACCACUAUCGCCUUCCGGCGACAUAACAACUUCCUAGCCGAACUCCAAGGGCCUUUGGGGCCUCCGUUGGAUAUCCCGAACCACACCCCUGAACCAGGGUCUAUUUUGGAGGUUAGGGCCCCAGCACCACCCCCAAAGGGGGUCGUCGGACCCCCAGCAUCUCCGGAAGAUAUUCUUAAGUCUGUCUUCCCCCCAGCGCCCCCUGUCUCGGCCUCCUUCGACGCUACCAUUACAAGUGCUGAUAGCCCAGGGCAGGAGCGUGUGAGGCGCCAACUGGAGUUCCCAGGCUUGAAGGGUCUUGGGGACUUCGACCCGGUACUUCGAAGUCGAGUAGGAACUUUGACUUUACCGCGUGGCUUCAAGCUCAGCCCCCGCCCUGAGGACGUCUACGCGCGCGAGCAUCGCCUCGCGCGCCUCCGAGCAAGUACGGUACGAGACGAAGCCCCACUCGACCCACUGACGUCGAUAGAUCGAUUCGCGACGGUGUUUCGACUGAGUGGGAGUCCGGACGAUAAGGGCGUGGUUGCCACCUUGCAACGUGAGGGGUUGACCACUCUCCUCAUCCUCCUGGAGACCUCAGGGCUCCUCAACUUCCUCAUCUCUGGAGAAAAAGGUCCAUACAUCCUGCUGGCCCCAUCAGAAGCAGCAUUCUCCCGCCUAUCUCGCAAGGAACUUCGUCAGCUGUCUCGCGGGAAUGACCUCGCUUACCAUCUCAUUCCACUUCGAGGUCAACCCGCCCCGGAAGUCACGAAUGAUUCGACUUUCAAGACCUUGCUGGGUCACGAAUUGAGGUUUAAUGUGUAUGGAAGCUCCGUUUUCGUCAACGGGGCGGCCGUAUCCAGGGGGGACUUACCCUUUACUCACGGCACUAUUCAGGUGGUAGAGACGGUACUGGAGGUACCGCUGGGACAGGUGCAGACGGUACUGGUGGGCAGCGGUCACUCAUACUCCAGGGUCAAUACACUUCUCAGCGUCACCGACCUCAUCCAGUCAGGUACCUACACCUUGGUGGCUCCCCCGGACUCAGCCAUCACCUCCAAGGGUUACUCAUGGCCGGGUUUACUCAUGAAUAGGGCCCAGGGUCGAGACCUACUGGCUAGACAUACCUUCAGGGGCGCCUGGUACUCGGAGGGGCUGCUUCAGAAGCGCACUCUUGUCACUCUAGCCGGCACCUCUGUCACCUUCAGGAGGGAUGUUGAUGGAACGAUCUCUGCCAACGGCAUACCCCUGCGAUCCUGGAACCUCACAGCAACCAAUGGAGUGGUUCACUUGGCUGCCGAUGUCAUUCCAGAGUCCGACCUCGGUUCGGAUCCCACCACCAUCUCCUACCCCUUCCUCAGUCACACCGAAGCUCCAAUAUUUCCAAGUUUUAAAUUAAAAUUAGACAGUGUUCCGGGCGUCCCCUCACUCAGCGGCUUGUAUGAAACUCCUGAUUCCGAUCCUUUCCUGGGCUUCAUUCCAAGCCCUGAAACCAUUUCCAAGGCGCCGCCGGGUAAACAGACUAAUCAGGAAUCAUCACUUCCUUACGUUCCUUCCUUUCAGGAAUAUAUGGAAAGUCUGGGGUUUGCGAGUGCUCCACCGGCAGAGAAUAACAUUUAUGCUCCCAAUGACCAAACUGGGAUGGAAGAGCAGUCUUCCCCGGAGCUCAAUAUGCACCUGGGCUCUAAACAGAGUUCAGGCGCUUCACAGAGCCUGCAAACAGUGGGAUCAGAUUCUUGGCAGAGCUCAAAUAAUCAAGCUAUUGAUACUCGGAAUUCAGACCUCAUCACUUUUCUGGGAUUGUUAGACAACACCUACGAACAACAUUCUAAAGACGACUCCCACUCAGCUAUUGGUGAAUCUAUGCCGUUCCACAACAAUGCUUCCAGGAGGCCACAACCGCCCACAACCACAACACCACAAAAACAGGGCAUUAAUGAAGAUAGAAACGAUGUAUUCAAGAAUACAACAGAUUAUACAACUCUUCACUUGUCCCAAACAAAUGGAUUAAACUUCUCGAAAACUGGGAAUGAGAUCAUAUUGACCUCAGACAACGAUAAUAAACCAAUAGACAUCGUUCAAGUCUCUGACGCUGCUUUCGGUCACCCAAGCGGACCACAAACCACGACUGAAAGUCCAGAAACUAGUCCCGAUACCUCGGGAACUAAGACUUCGACUCCGGUUCUUGUGGUCCCAGAGGGCUCGCCGGUCUGGUCCCCAACAGAAGCGGCGACGAAGGAAGAAAAAGUCCAACUGGACGUCCUUGGUCUCCUAGAAAGACUUAAUCUCACAAGGUUUCUGGAUUUAGUAGAUCGCGCUGGACUUAAGCUGACCCUCAGUCUAGAUGGCCCAUGGACGGUCUUCGCCCCUAGCGACGCAGCCAUCAGUUCGAUCCCUAGUAGUACCUUCCAGCAGAUCGUGGCCAGCAGGCGUUUCCUGCGACGUCUGGUGUCGUAUCACCUAGUUCCUGGCAGGUUCACCAGCGGCGCCUCCUUCAGGCCUGGAGUCCAUCUUCCUACUCUCCACGCCGGCCAUACCCUUAGGCUUAAUUACUACAUUGAGGGGCAGUUAGCGCGAUGGGUAGUUGGUGGCAGCGUAAUCACUGACCUGGAUGAAGUGGCCCUGAAUGGGGUCAUCCACGUGGUGGAUCGUCUACUGUACGCUCCCUACGGCGACCUAUCCACCACCAUCAGCCUCGCUCCAGCUCUGACCUCGUUCGCUAAUUUGGUUAACGAAGACCCGCUGCUCCUUCGGUAUCUCUCAGGUCUCGGGCCUUACACCGUGUUCGUACCCUCCGACCACGGCUUCGGCAACCUGAGCCUCCCAGAAGACCCAUUGGCAAGAAGAGAGUGGGUGAUGUCGCACGUGGUGGAGGGCGCCUGGUUCACGGCGGGCUUCUCCAACAUCUGGCCGCUCAUCUCCAACACUAACCAUUCGCUCACCACCAUUCUCAUCAAUCAAGACAAAGCAACCGUGAAUGGUGUGAAUAUCAUCUACGCUGACAUCACUGCGUCCAACGGAGUGAUACAUGUUCUUGAGUCUCCCCUCUUCACGCCGACUUAGGCAAUCACAGAGAACGAUAUUAUAACUAACCCCUAACUAAGCUAGCCUCGAUUUUAAGUUUCAUAAUGGAAUUUUAAUGGUUUAAUUCCAAACUUUGUUCGCCCGCACUCGCUACUUAACUUCUUACAGGCAAACCUUUGUUAUUUAUGGCAUUAAAAGAAACUGUUGUAUAUUCCACUGCCUGUAUGAUUGUAUAUCUAACUCUCCCAAAUGUUUCUAGAUUCUGUAUUUAAUAAAAACAAUUGUAUAUAGUGUACCACAAGAGGCGCCAUGUUUCUUCUACUGUACGUAAACAAAAGGGAUUUAUACAACCCAGAAGUAUACCACACUCCUGGGGGUAUAUACUCCCUGAGAGAAUACUCUAGGACCUCGAAGUAAACUUCACAGUAUAAUUGCUGGUUUUCCAGUAAGCACUUAAAUUAAAUUAAUUAUUAAUUAACAAUUAUAAGUUUAAAGUGCAUUAUUAUGUUACCAUAUCAACUUUGAAACCAUUUAGGAAUGUAUAAGUAUGAAAGUGUUCCAACUUGAGUCCUUGGGCUGGUCCCUUGGUUCUUGCUGAUAGAGUUAUGUAUAUCGUUUCAGUUUAUAAUAAACGAGUAGAUAUCA